AUGGGCUCCUUCUUUCUCGGCUGGGCGCUGUGGCAGGACAUGACCUUUGUUCUCCUCUGCGCCAUCUUGCUCGUCUUCGUCGUCGGCAUCGUCAAGCUUUGGUGGACGAACCGGAGGAUUAAAAAGUACGAAAUCAUCGAGGACGAGAGGCGCAAGCGGUUAAAGGAGAUGCGUCACUGCGGCAUCCAUGCCGUCGGCGCCGUCGAAAUCCCCUUUGGAGCCCGCGCCCUCGAGAGCGGCAUCGAGGUCGAGGGUAUUUGGAUAUCACGGUCUAACACGCCUGACGGCAGCCAGGUGACCUCGGACGCCACCAUGCUCGACGAGGCCGGCGCGAGGCGAAAGGGCAAGCAAAGGGCCCGGCCAAGCACUCACGACGGCUCUGUCUCGGCCCCCGCCGGCGACGGCCGUCGUUCCUUGUCGAGGACGCCUGCCGCGAGGGGGACGAGAGCCAGCACGGCAUGGUCGUUGAGAGACGACCGGGACUCGACCGAGCUGGGAGUCUUGUCCAACGAUUCGUCCCCGAGGUCGCACGUGCACGCCGGCCUUUUCGAGACCGACCGGGCAGCCGGUUCUGCGAUUCGAGGGAGCCCAGGCCACGAACCGACGUCGUUUAGUUUUUCGUCAUCGAGCACACCAUCUCGCCUCCCCAUCGCCGCCUCCUCUUCGGCCUCGUCCCACCCCGCCUCGCAUGGGACGCCAGCAUGGGCGGCUCCGUACGACGCAGUCGAGGCCUACGCCGACCAGACUCUGAGGAGAACAAGCGAGGGGUUCGAGUUCAUCCCCGUCGCCGUCUCGGCAUCGAAGCCCGAGCUGCUGGCCUACGAUGCGGAAGGGACGAUGGUCGAAGCCGGAGCAGACGGACGGCAGCACACGAGUGAGGGUCCAGACCGCGCAUGA